UGAAAGAAGCACUUCCGGGUUCGGCAAGAGCAGGGAGCCGGCAGCGCUGGGUCGGCCCCUUAGGGCCUUGCUCUGAAGCCCCGCCUUCGCUUCGGUCUUUUCUGGAAAUCCCGCAUUGAUCUCGGCUGUGCCGGUCGGUUAUUUCACGGGCGCUUGUGGGUGUCCUCGGAGCCUCCUGGUGCACCGGGCGGGCGAGACCUGCGGACGCGCAGUUCCGGCGGGUCGCGGCGGCCGAAGCACCCGGCUGGGAAGCCGGUUACCCGGGUGGUGGCCCCGUGCUGACGUUUUGUCCCUCCUUUCUCCUCGUUGCGCGAUCGAGGCGUCCCGGACGCGCGUGUGAAUCCCCCAUGGCAGAUACGACCCCGAACGGGCCCCAAGGGGCGGGCGCCGUGCAAUUCAUGAUGACCAAUAAACUGGACACUGCGAUGUGGCUGUCUCGCUUGUUCACGGUGUACUGCUCUGCUUUGUUUGUUCUGCCUCUUCUUGGGUUGCAUGAAGCAGCAAGCUUUUACCAGCGCGCCUUGCUGGCAAACGCUCUGACCAGCGCUUUGAGGCUGCAUCAGAGGUUACCGCACUUCCAACUGAGCAGAGCGUUCCUGGCCCAGGCCUUGUUGGAGGACAGCUGCCACUACCUGCUGUAUUCACUCAUCUUUGUCAAUUCCUACCCUGUUACAAUGAGUAUUUUCCCAGUCUUGUUGUUCUCUUUGCUUCAUGCUGCCACAUAUACAAGGAAAGUCCUUGAUGCAAAGGGUUCUAAUAGUUUACCUCUGCUGAGAUCUGUCUUGGAUAAAUUAAGUGCUAAUCAACAAAAUAUUCUGAAAUUCAUUGCUUGUAAUGAAAUUUUUUUGAUGCCUGCUACUGUUUUUAUGCUUUUUAGUGGUCAAGGAAGUUUGCUGCAGCCUUUUAUAUAUUAUAGAUUUCUUACUCUACGAUAUUCCUCUAGAAGAAAUCCGUAUUGUCGGAUCUUGUUUAAUGAACUGAGGAUUGUUGUUGAACAUAUAAUAAUGAAACCUGCUUGCCCACUGUUUGUGAGAAGACUUUGUCUACAGAGCAUUGCCUUCAUAAGCAGACUGGCGCCCACAGUUGCGUAGUUUAAUGUCUAGUUAAGCUGUAUAUCUCUAUAUAACAUAAGCAUUAUUAACCGCUAGUACUUCUGCUAGGGGUUGUAAAUUCCAGGUGUGGCACUGACCUCAAUCCAAUUUACGUAAUUUACAUAAAUGCAUCUCACUGGAAAAAUAAUCAUUUUCUUGGCAUGUUAAAUCAAGCCUUUUAAAAAUUUUUUGAAAAAAUUUUACUGCACUAUAGCUCAUGAUUAAGGAAGUUUGUUUGUAGUGAUAAAUGUACUAAAUUUUUUUUAGAUGCUUCUGUGCCUGUAUCAUGAACUACAUUUAUUUCUCUUGUAAAAUAGCUUUAAAAUUUGUUUCAGCCUAAUUAGUAAUCUGAGUUUAUAUCUGGCAUGAGUUCAUUAUGAUAAUAUAAAAAAUAUGUGAAUUCAGUAUACUUUGAGACAGUAUUGUUUUCCCAUUCAGUAAUUUUGGUUGGUGAUUGUAACAGAAGCAUUCCCACUGUGUAUAAUUCCAGAUUGUUAUUUUGUGCUGCUUUCUUAGGAUAUAACAUUAUAGGAGGAAAUCUAUAUGUAUCUUAUGCUAUGGCCUUCUGAGAUUUUAGUUAUAUAAGUACUUCUGUUGUCUUAGAACAUUAAAAACAAAAGGCUCAACUGGAAGCUUAUUUGCCAUUGGGUAAACAAGUGGGGUCUGCUAACUGUGUUACAUCAGAAGGCAGUAGUGAUCAGCUUUCAGAAUCUCCUUGAGAAACAUUUUCAAACAGGAAAUCCUUUUACAAAUGUGGACACAUAAGUUAUUCAUGUUAUAGUUGUACAAUUACCUAGUUCGUAUUCUUGACUGCCAAUUUUCUCCAUUUCUUAGGCUUGAAUUUUCCUAGACAAAUACAGAAGUUCAGAUGCCUUUUCAAAGGAAUAUAACUGAAGAUUGAGCAUAUAUUUGUGUCUGUUCUGAAAUAAUAAUGAAGAGUAUCUUGUAGAUUACAUAUUUACUUAUUAAAUCUGAUUUAACAGGUUAAGAGAUUUGUAGGUAAGGUAAUUGGGAAUGAAGCAAGGUGGGGCACUGGGGACAAAUAGUGCAUAUUUCACUCUCAUAAUGCAUAGAUCAAUUUGGGGGAAUCUGAUGUAUUCUGCAACUAUGAUUUGGGUUGUAUCAUUUGUUAAAUCUGUUUGUUGAACUCCCAUCAACGUUUUUAUAAAAUUCAUUCUGAUACUUACUACUAUUGCAUGAUUGGAAAUGUUUAAAAUAUUGCAUAAUUUUAGUAUAAUGUAGUGGUUUUUGUAACCAGUUUGCUUCUGCCUGCAUGUAAUUUGGAUUUCUAAAAUAUACUCAUUAGUAAUUUAUCAGUAACAUCAGUUUUUUUUUUGCUUGUUCAACUUCAUAAUCUCUGGAAAGGUGACAUUUUUAGAAUAGAUUAUAAGAAAAAUUUAUCUGAUAGCUUCGCUAUAACCAGCUAUUUUUAUAUUUUUGUAAUAUCAACUAAGUUGGAGAAGCAACCUCAUAAUAGACAGUUGAGUGUGUGUGUGUGUGUGUGUGUGUGUUUAGCCUCAUUAUCACUCAAUAUGUAAUAUAAUGUUUUAAAAAAAACUUUCUAGAGCAAUAAAGUGAUUAUAAUGUUAAGUAAGCAUUCGUUUCUAAUGAUCUUAAGUCUUGAAUUAUACAGAUUUUGGCAGCUGAAAGGUUAUUUAUUUUGAAGUUAUUAAUUUUUUCCUCCAAAUUUCUUUUAAAGGUUUAUUUAUUUACUUCAGAGGCAGAGUUACAGACAGAGAGAGUGAGAGAGAGGUCUUCCAUCCACUGGUUUACUCCCCAAAUAGCCACAAUGACCAGAGCUGGGCCAUUCUGAAGCCAGGAGCCAGGAGCCUCCAGGAGUCCGGGCCUCCCAUGUGAGUGCAUGGGCCCAAGCACUUCCUACUGCUUUCCCAAGUCAUGGCAGAGAGCUAGAAGAGGAGCAGCUGGGACUCAGACCAGUGCCCAUAUGGGAUUCCAGUGCUGCAGGUGGUAGCUUAGCCCUCUACUCCACAGUGCCGCCCCCCUCCAAAUUUUUUUUUUAUCUGGAGAUAACUUUAUAUUUAUAGAAUAAUUUCAAAAAUAGUGCAGAGCGUUUCCUGUAUACCUUUUAGUCAGCCUCCUCUUGUGUUAACAUCUUACAUGACUGAAGAACUUUUAUCAGAAGUACGAAAUUGACCUUGAAACAAUAUUAACUAAAGUAAAAAACGUACUUGGUUUUCACCAGUUUUUCCGUGUGUGUGUGUGUGUGUGUGUGCUCACACUGCUUUUUUUUUUUUACCAUGACCAUCUUUUAAAGAUUUAUAAAUUUGGUUUUUUUUCUUCUUUAUUUUGAAAAUUAUUGUUGGUUAAAAGUAUUUCCCUAAGGGAAAUGAUUCACAUUGACUUUUAACAAAAACAUGUUUAACAUUAAAACUACUGCAGUUUCAAGCACUGGUUUUAAAUCAAGGCUUUUUAAUCACUAGCAGGAUUAUACUUCUGAUAUACUCAUGUUUGAACAGAAAUACAGAUUUGUUCCUUAAAGCGUGGCUUACUUAAUAACUAAAAUACUCUUGAAUUCAUGAAAAAGUAAAUUUGGCAGUUUGAACAUUAUUAGAUACUUAGUUUGCAUGAGCUUAUCGCUAGAAAUUCUGCAGUAUAAUUAUGUACAAGCAGCUGACUUGGCAUCUGAUAUUAUAGUGUUCAGUGUAUGCCUGUCAGAUUAAAAUUAGGGAAAUGCAGAUAGCAGUAUAAACAAGAACGCAGAAGGAGAAGUCAACUCUUUAGUCUUAUUAAACUCUUUUGGACAAGUGGAGCCUCACACAGGGAUUUUAUCUUCCUUUUGUACUUGGUUUCUCAUUAAUUUAAACUCUACUCAACAUUAGUGCAGAGAGAUUUCUUAAAUACAGUUUAUAUUUAAGUUCUCUUUGAAUGAAGUACACUGAGGUAGGUGGUCCUGGAAGAAAAAAAAAGUUUUGUUUACGAAUAUUCUUUAAGAGAACAUCAAGGCAAGCUAAUAAUAAAUCAGAAGUCAAUGAAAAAUCAAUGCAUUCUAUUAUGUCAUUCCGAAUUGCAAAGCUUCCUUUCUUCCUAAUGAGCAGUAGCAAAAGAUUCAGGUUUUGAUACAUUAGGACAUGAUUAUUAUUUAUACUGCAAAGGAAAAUGAGUAUAUAUGUAACUACUGAGAGAUUUUGUUUUUAAAAAGGUUUCUGAUUAGAUUAAGUGAAGUUAAUUUGGAAGGAUUAUGUAAAGCCCCUUAAGUAAUGCUAAGGAAUUUAAUUAAUAUAGUUACUCUAAAGUCCCACCCCACCCCAUUCUCCUUAGAAUUUGCUAGCUUCAAAGCUGUCGCCCUUAUUAGACGAAUUUUGAUACUCCAGAAAUGAAAACUUCCAGAAAGAACUUAGCCACAGUUAUGUUUUUAAUCAGUAGGUGGCACUCUUUGCUCAAGGAGACCCCUGCCCCAUUUUUGCAGGCUGUGUUAAAUGCCUCUGAAUGUGCUGAGUCAGUCAUAAAACUAAGGAUCUGAAUGCCAUGAACUUUUUCGAUGUGUAAUCAUUUAGUAUUGAACAAUAUUUAAUAAUCAUUUACUGUGAGUACAUUUUUAAAAAAUGAAAUGUUCAAAAGAAGUACCUUGUCACUAUGUACUUUCCAGAAAAACAGUAAAAUAGGCCACAUUUGGAAGUGGCAUCAUUCAGAUUACAGUGUCUCUAUUUUUUCCUUUUUAUUCUAAGUGCCUGAAUUGCUCAACAUAUCAAUUAUAAGGUUCUUCUUUCUCCUUCAUUUUUAGAUGUGUUCAUAAUCAGUAAUGUUUUCAUCAUUUUGUAGGUAUACUAGAUAUAGCCAGUUCAAGCUCUCUGAAAAUUUGACUUUUCACAAUAAUAUAAAAGCAAAAUUAAAUUUUUAGCUAUUAUAUCAGAAAUGGUAGCUAGAUUUAAAAAUUGGGCUGUGUAAACAGCUAGUUUUUCUAAACACUUCGUUGGAAUUCUCUAAGAUUAGGAGAAUUCUUCUGAGGCCAUGUACAGUUCAACAUAUGAUAUUCCAAAGGCAUAGUUUUAUAAACUUAGGAGUUAUUUCCAGAGGUUGUUUUAAUGAGCAGUCCUCUUGUAUUCUGGGUGGAAAGUUAUUAGAUCUGGUAUUAAGAAUAAGAAAAGAGGUACUAAACGUUUGGAAAUUUCCCUGGUAGUUAUUAUUCUCGGAAAUGUGUAUGUCCUAAGAUGGUAUUCAGGUGGUUUCUUUAGAAGGAGCAUAUUCCUGCGUGGGGGAUUCACUGUCUCCACAGUCUGUCCCCUCUUGUGUAGUGCAUGUAGGAAAACUGACCUGCAUUGAUUUUGAGUUGAUGUGAGAAAAGAGCCCAGGACUUUUUAAAUCUGCAGAUUCUUUUUCUUAGAAAUCAGUAAGAAAAAAUAUAGAUGGAUAUCUUUGUUGGAAUAUUAAUUAGCUCAUAUUGUCAGAGAAAGAAGGGCCCAAGGAAAAUGUUACAUUCUCCUCCUUAGCCUUGGAAUGCUACUUUUUUGAUAUGCUUAUCACCUUGAAACUUGUUUUUCUUGGUUCAUGACAGUUUAAUUUCACAUUUACUAUUUUCCUUUGUAACUUUGACAGAACAAUUCUUUGUGACACUAAGUUUUGCCUAUAUAUAUAUUUGUAAGUUGAGACUAAGUGGGCAAAGUCUUGGGCAGGUAACACUUAUGAUGUGUAUAUAUUGGAACAGAUGUUAAGAGACCACAAAGAUUAGAAAUAGUCAUAAAGAACUGCUUGAUUUUAUAUAUGCGUUACUUCUGGUGCUCUAUAUAAUGGGAUAUAUUGAACUCAAAAAUUUGUAUGUACAGUAUGUCAACAUUUCUUAGUAAGUCCUCUUGAAUCCAUUUUUAAUAUCUAAUAUUGUACAGGUUGGGGAAUUACUGUUUGAGCCAAUGCUAUCUAGACUGUAUAAAUUUAUAAAAUAAAUUGAGAAAUUCAUCAUUCCCCUGUAUUCAAGACCAAAGCACAUAGAUGCUAAUGUAGGGCUCAGAGGGGAAAUAUAGUUCUCCUGCAUAUUUGAGAAAAUGUGAAGUCCUUUCAAGAAAAUCUAAUAAAUGUAAUAAUCAUAGCCUGCUGACACUAAGGAAAAAGGACCUCAUUCGCUUUUUCUUUUAUGCAGCGAUUUACUGGUCCCUACUGAUUUCCAAAUUGGAUCACUGCAGUAAAUUAUCCAUGCUGGUACCUGUGAAAGUAAGCCCUGGGAUCCAUAUUUGUUUUGUGUUCUGCUUAAAUCAGCAAGAAUGAUAAAUUUGAUGGUGAGAAAUUGGAAGUAUCAAGGGCUUUCUUUGGUGAUUGAGCAAAAUAAUGUCUCCACUUGUAAUUUACUGUGACCCUUUUCACUGUAUGUGCUUUAUAUGUCUAAUAUUUAUUUCAAUACAAAUUAAAUUGUUGUUCCUUCAUCUUUAUUGUUAUUUUACUUAUGUAAAAAUCAAAUUGUGUAAUAAAAAUCUCUUUGGAUUGAAGUAGAUUUAAAAAUGUUAUGUUGUAAAAGAACAUUUGCAGUUAGAAAUGAGCUUUUCUUUGAGCCUAAUUGCCUUGUUGUAGAAUAAGGUGGGUUUGAACUCACUUCUGUUAUUCUCAGCCAUUUAUGAAGAGUAGAAAUGCUGUGAUUUUGAGAUCUAAUGUGAAACUGGGAAAAAAAAGAAAAAUUACAUUAGCUAUCUCAA